UGGCUUCAGAGAAGAUGACAGAGGAACUGGAUCUCAUGGGACAGGACUCUGAUGGUGGUAGCGAGGAGGUGGUCCUGACUCCUGCAGAGCUCAUUGAAAGGCUGGAGCAGGCCUGGAUGAAUGAAAAGUUUGCCCCUGAGCUACUGGAGAGCAAGUCUGAGAUCGUAGAGUGUGUCGUGGAACAGCUAGAGCACAUGGAAGAAAAUCUCAGGAGAGCCAAAAAGGAGGAUCUGAAGGUCAGCAUCCAUCGAAUGGAGAUGGAGAGGAUCCGCUAUGUCCUUAGCAGCUACCUGCGGUGUCGACUCAUGAAGAUAGAGAAGUUUUUCCCUCAUGUCCUUGAGAAGGAGAAAAUACGCCCUGAGGGGGAGCCUUCCAUCCUUUCUCCGGAAGAGUUUGCCUUUGCCAAAGCGUACAUGGCUAACACAGAGACCUACCUUAAAAAUGUUGCCUUAAAGCAUAUGCCUCCCAACCUACAGAGGGUGGACCUCUUGAGGUCAGUUCCCAAACCAGAUCUAGAUUCCUAUGUGUUUCUGAGAGUGAAAGAGCGGCAAGAAAAUAUACUGGUAGAACCAGAGACUGAUGAACAGAGGGACUACGUGAUUGACCUGGAGGAAGGCUCACAGCACUUGAUCCGCUAUAAAACCAUUGCUCCUCUGGUUGCUUCUGGGGCAGUACAGCUUAUUUAAAACUAUAAAUAGGCCAAAUGUGGUGGCUCACACCUGUAAUCCCAGCACUUUGGGAGGUGGAGGCAAGAGGAUUGUCUGAGUCCAGGGGUUCGAGACCAACCUGGGCAACUUGGUGAAACC